AUGUCAUCACAAGUUUAUAGAUCUACUCGUUCAAGUCAAGAACAAGCAUUAUCUUUUGAAGAUGUUGUUAUGACUGGUUUAGCACCAGAUGGUGGAUUAUUCUUACCAAGUUCAAUUCCAAAAUUACCAACCAAUUUCUUAGAAGAUUGGAAAGAUUUAACAUUUAAUGAAUUAGCAUUUGAAAUUUUAAGAUUAUAUAUUAAUCCAAAAGAAAUUCCUGAUUUUCAUUUAAUUGAAUUAAUUACAAAAUCUUAUUCAACUUUUAGAUCAAAUCAAAUUACUCCAAUUAAAAAAUUACAAGAUAAAUUAUAUAUAUUAGAAUUAUUUCAUGGACCAACUUAUGCAUUUAAAGAUGUUGCAUUACAAUUUGUUGGUAAUCUUUUUGAAUAUUUCUUAAAAAGAAGAAAUGCCAAUAAAAGUGAAACCGAAAGAGAAACAAUUACUGUUGUUGGUGCAACUUCAGGUGAUACUGGUUCAGCGGCAAUUUAUGGUUUAAGAGGUAAAACUGAUGUAUCAGUAUUUAUAUUAUAUCCAACUGGUAGAAUUAGUCCUAUUCAAGAACAACAAAUGACUACUGUUGAAGAUGAAAAUGUUCAUUGUUUUUCAGUUAAUGGUACUUUUGAUGAUUGUCAAGAUAUUGUUAAACAAAUCUUUGGUGAUGAACAAUUUAAUCAAAAAUAUCAUGUUGGAGCUGUUAAUUCAAUUAAUUGGGCAAGAAUCUUAGCUCAACAAACUUAUUAUUUCUAUUCUUAUUUCCAAUUACAAAAAGAAUUAGUAGAAACUGAUGCUAAAAUUAGAUUUGUUGUUCCAAGUGGUAAUUUUGGUGAUAUAUUGGCAGGUUAUUAUGCUUAUAAAAUGGGAUUACCAGUUGAUAAAUUAAUUAUUGCUACUAAUGAAAAUGAUAUAUUGGAUAGAUUUAUGAAAACUGGUGAAUAUGCUAAAUUACAAACAAUUGGUGUAAAGGCAACUUUUUCACCAGCAAUGGAUAUUUUAAUCUCAUCAAAUUUUGAAAGAUUAUUAUGGUAUUUAAUUAGAGAUACUAUUACCAAUGGAGAUGAUUUAAAAACUGGAGAGUUAUUAAAUAGUUGGAUGCAACAAUUAAAAGAUUCUGGUAAAUUUAAUGCUCCAAUUGAACUUGUCAAUGUUGCUAAAUCAAUUUUUGAUUCAGAAAGAGUAACUGAUGAAGAUACUGUUAAAACAAUUAAAGCAGUUUAUUCAACUCAUCCAGAAAAUUAUGUUGUUGAUCCUCAUACUUCUGUUGGUGUUACCACUUCUUAUAGAUUUAUGGCUAAAGAUGAUUCCCAAGAAAAUGUUCAAUAUAUUUCUUUGGCAACUGCUCAUCCAGCUAAAUUUUCAGAAGUUGUUAAUAAAGCUCUUGAUACAUUUGAACAAUAUUCAUUUGAAAAAGAUGUUUUACCAAAUGAAUUAAAAGCUUUAAGUUCAAAACAAAAGAGAAUUACAUUUAUUGAUGAAGCAAAUGUUGAAAAAGUUAAACAAAAAAUUACUGAUAUAUUAAAGUAUUAA